GCUGGCGACACUUCUCCUGCCUUUUCCCCUUUUCUGCCAUCACCAGUUCGCUUCCAACCAUCGAGCUUAAUAGAAGUAGCAUUUCCGAUUUUGCAAAAAAAUCCCAUAAGCAUGAGGGAAAUUGUUCAUUUACAAGCCGGCCAAUGUGGAAACCAAGUUGGAGCCAAAUUUUGGGAGGUGAUUUCUGAGGAACAUGGAAUCGAUCCCAGUGGCGUCUAUGUGGGGGACAGCGAUUUGCAAUUGGAAAGAAUCAGCGUUUACUAUAACGAAGCCACUGUUGCCUCGAGUACAAAUGGAGGAAAAUACGUGCCCCGAGCCAUUUUACUGGACUUGGAGCCGGGCACAAUGGACUCAAUUCGCUCAGGCCGAUGCGGAAAACUCUUCAGACCCGACAAUUUCGUCUUUGGCCAAUCAGGCGCCGGCAACAAUUGGGCCAAAGGCCACUACACAGAGGGCGCUGAGCUUGUGGACGCUGUCUUAGACGUGGUGCGAAAAGAAGCUGAGAAUUGCGACUGUUUGCAAGGCUUCCAGCUGACGCACUCGCUGGGAGGCGGAACCGGCUCCGGCAUGGGCACCUUGCUGAUAUCGAAAAUCCGCGAAGAGUACCCAGAUAGGAUCAUGAACACGUACUCCAUAAUGCCCAGCCCCAAAGUGUCCGACACUGUGGUGGAACCCUACAAUGCCACGUUGUCCGUGCACCAACUGGUGGAAAACACCGAUGAGACCUACUGUAUCGACAACGAGGCGCUUUACGACAUCUGCUUCAGAACCCUCAAGGUGCCCAAUCCCAGCUACGGCGACUUGAACCACUUGGUUUCGCUCACCAUGUCAGGAGUGACCACUUGUCUGAGGUUCCCCGGCCAAUUGAACGCGGACCUCCGCAAGCUGGCCGUCAACAUGGUACCAUUUCCGCGUCUUCAUUUCUUCAUGCCUGGAUUUGCGCCGUUGACGUCGCGAGGCAAUCAGCAGUACCGCGCCCUCACUGUUCCAGAACUCACCCAGCAAAUGUUCGAUGCGAAGAACAUGAUGGCCGCCUGCGACCCUCGACAUGGUCGCUAUCUGACGGUGGCUGCCGUCUUCAGGGGCCGCAUGUCCAUGAAAGAGGUGGAUGAGCAGAUGCUGGCCAUCCAGAACAAGAACAGCAGCUACUUUGUCGAAUGGAUUCCCAAUAAUGUGAAAACGGCCGUCUGCGACAUUCCCCCAGUUGGUCUCAAGAUGUCUUCGACCUUCAUCGGUAACACCACCGCCAUUCAGGAGCUGUUCAAGCGAAUCUCCGAGCAGUUUGCAGCGAUGUUUCGCAGGAAGGCGUUCCUGCAUUGGUACACCGGCGAAGGCAUGGACGAAAUGGAGUUUACUGAAGCUGAGUCCAACAUGAACGACUUGGUGUCCGAGUAUCAGCAGUACCAAGAAGCUACUGCCGAAGACGACUAUGAAGCUGAAGAGGAACCUGCUGGCGACGAUUUCAAUUGUCAGUAGAUUUUCACCGAAAAAGCAUGUGUACAGUGAGUAGUACUCAGAAGUAACGUCUAAAAUCGGGCAAAAUUCAGUUUAUUCAAUAAGAUCUCCUUCGGAAACAUAAAAAAUCACGACUUCAUUUAUGCCCGGUUUCUCAACAUUUGCCCUCAUUGGUUCCAUAACUAUGUAGUGGAUAAAGACCAUAGAUAAAGACGAGUAUAGAUUACCAACUCUCUCGCACAAUGGGGAAACAAUGUCUAUCCUACCGCCAUCUAUUAUGAAUCUAGACACAACUGCGCCACGUCCUUUUUGCGGGGUUUGCGUCUCUGCUGCUACUCUUCAGGGUUUGCAUCCUUGCUAUUGUCGGCCUACCCAUUACUUAAAUUGGAAUUAAGAUAUCUUUAAUAUUCAGUUUCAUAUAUUUGUACAGAGGCAAGACAUGUUUCUGAUUUAUAAACAAAUAUAUCAAAUUGAAAAUAAACAUGCUCCUAAUCUCAAUUAAAGUACUGGGUGGUGUUUGGAUAGGUUGAUAAUAAAAACUUCAUAAGCAUUUUCAAUUUUUUAGUGCAGUAAAUAAAUAGGCGAAACGCCAAGUACCAUUAAUUUGUGAAAAGUGUUUUAUGCAAACAACAAACCUUUGAUUAAAAAGCAAAAUGAGCACGUUAUGAAUCAAGGUUUAAGAAAAUAAACGAAUAAUUCAGUGUAACAACUAAUGAAUUAAUUAAUUCAGUGCAUUCAAUACUUUUAGAAUGUGAUAAUACAAAUAUAGGACAAACUAAACGAUAUUUAAAAAGAGAAUGUACGAACAUAAAUACAACAA